GUGAAAAGUGAAAGUGAAGUCGCUCAGUCGUGUCCGACUAUUAGCGAAAGAUAUAUAUAACAAUCUGCAAACUAAGUUUGUAUUACUAGACAAUCUUUAACUACCUACCAGCUCUGAGUAUUAUUUUGCUUCUAAAUGAGACAUUAAUUACACUCAAGCUAUCACUGUCCCCACAGCACAGACACAGCAAAGUAGAAAUAUCUAGAUAGGAGACUGCUAGAGCGACUGUUUCCUGAAGACACAGGAGACUGUAAGAUGGGAAGGCACGCAAUAUGUGGUAGAUCCCGUAACAAAAUCAAAAGUGUGAAAACAAUCAGAAAUUAACAUGAUUAAUUAAAUGGCUGUUGAGAACACUUUCUUCACUGUAAGACGGUUAUGUACAUCGAUAGGGCUUGGCACACACAAUGAACCUUCCCUGUGGGCACUUGGCUUUUGCGAAGCCUGAGAAGGAAACCUUCAUACUCUCGGGUUUCCCAGCGUGCCUUGCGCUGCUCUUGGCGGGAAAGGUGACCUGAAUCUGGGGUCAAAAUCGACUGUCUCGGCUGCGCAGGCAACCGUUGAAGGAAGGCGCAUGCGCGACAGACGGAGCGCGUGCCGUUUCUUUCAGGUCUCCUGGUUGCUGUCGGCGGAACUCUCAGACGAUACGUUGAAUUAAAGAAAAUAUCAGAAGAUGGCUACUGCACAAUUACAGAGAACUUCCAUGAGUGCACUGAUAUUUCCUAAUAAGAUAUCAACUGAGCAGCAGUCUUUAGUGUUAGUGAAGAGGCUCCUAGCAGUUUCAGUAUCCUGCAUCACAUAUUUGAGAGGAAUAUUUCCGGAAUGUGCUUAUGGAACAAGAUAUCUAGAUGAUCUUUGUGUCAAAAUUCUGAGAGAAGAUAAAAAUUGUCCAGGAUCUACACAGUUAGUGAAGUGGAUGUUAGGAUGCUAUGAUGCUUUACACAAAAAAUAUCUGAGGAUGGUUGUUCUAGCUGUGUACACCAAUCCAGAAGACCCUCAGACAAUUUCAGAAUGUUAUCAAUUUAAAUUCAAGUACACCAGUAAUGGACCAGUCAUGGAUUUCACAAGUAAAAACCAAAGCAAUGAACCUAAUAUGUCAUCUGCUGACACCAAGAAAGCAAGUAUUCUUCUCAUUCGCAAGAUUUAUAUUCUAAUGCAAAAUCUGGGACCUUUACCUAAUGAUGUUUGUUUGACCAUGAAACUUUUUUACUACGAUGAAGUUACACCCCCAGAUUACCAGCCUCCUGGUUUUAAGGAUGGUGAUUGUGAAGGAGUGAUAUUUGAAGGAGAGCCUAUGUACUUAAAUGUGGGAGAAGUCCCAACACCUUUUCACACCUUCAAAGUAAAAGUGACCACUGAGAGGGAACGAAUGGAAAAUAUUGGUUCAGGUAUAUUAUCACCAAAACAAUUAAAAACACCACUUCAAAAAAUUCUUACGGACAAAGAUGAUUUAGAAGAUGACCAGGAGCAUUAUAUAAGUGAUGAGUUUGACACUGAAACUAAAAUGGAAGAGCAGGAAAAAAACCCUGGCUAUUCUCUACGUAGAGAAGCAGGUUUCAUUUGUGAGGAAGAUGAAAUGAAAUCUAAAGGAAGUCCAGAUUUUUCAGUUUCUCAUUCUCAGGUUGAGCAGUUAGUCAGUAAAACAUCUGAGCUUGAUGUGUCUGAAAGCAAAACAAGAAGUGGAAAAAUUUUUCAGAAUAAAAUGGCUAAUGGAAAUCAACAAGUAAAAUCUAAGGAAAAUCGGAAGAGAACUCAGCUUGAAUCUGGGAAAACAGUCCUUCAUCCCUUUGAUUCUUCUAGUCAGGAGUCAGUGCCAAAAAGAAGAAAGUUUAGUGAACCGAAGGAGCGUAUAUAAAACAUUUUUUUCCUGCAUGUUUGCAGAGUUCUUCACAACAUUUAAACUAAAGGUCACUAUAUUGCUAUUUUAAGGUGUGUUUGUCCUACCUCUGAAAACUUAUAUAUGGUCUUAAGCAGUCAGCACACUGAAAUGAAUCCUUAACUGACUAUCAUAUUGUGAUCCUUAAUCUUAUCUGAGACAAAUUCAAGAGAACUUUUGUAUAAAAACAGAAGUACCAGUGUCAUAAUUCUAUUAAUUAUCCUUUCAAUGUAUCUCCCAUUUUGGCAGACACUUCCUUUCAACACAUUAAUUUUUUAAGGCCCCCUAAAAGCCAUUUUUUGAAGUAAAUAAUGUUUAUUUUUGCAUUAAACUUUUCUAGAAAUUCACUUUUUACCUGUUAAAACUACAGUUUAACUGGCUGUAUUUGUUAAUAGUCUUAUUAAAACAAAUGCCUUCGGUACUUUGGUACAGUGUAUUAACAUGAUAAUAUAUAAUGUACAAUUUAAAAUUGGUGUUUUACCUUUUUUAAUAAUUUUUACAAGACAAAAUGAUUUUAAAAUCUAGCAUUUUGGGCAGCAUAAAUAAAAUAUUGUUCAGCGUCUAGACUCUUUUAUGGCUUCUAAUUUUUAUUUAAAUAGAAAAUGUUUAGGCACUAAUUUUGAAAUCAUUUUGGUAGAUAUUUCUUUCAAGAGUUGAGCACACUUCCUAGAACUUUUGGGUGGUAAUGUGAAAGAUAUUGUGCCUUCAGUGAGAAACCUGGGACCUGGUUCUAGACUUUAGUAUUUCCUGUGCUCUAGAAAAGGAAGGCUUAAAACUUGGUCUGUUUGCCUCUUGCAUUUUCAGCAGCCAUAUUCUAAAAAAAUAUACAUUAUCCAUGAACUUGCCAGUAAGAAACAGUAAUGGAAAAUGUUAGUAUGAAUGCUGUGGUAGAAAUGUGCCUAUCCUGUUUAAUGUAAACCAAAUAAACCUCCACAGACUGACCCAGAUCAGGUUUUUCUGGGACAGGAAAGUUAGGGAUAGCUAAUUGUCGAAAACAACCAAUUUUAAAAUGUUUAUGUAUUCUUAGCUUUAUUGGAUCCCAACUCAUCUCACCUAAUUGUCCCAGUAUACACUGCUACAGAACACACCUGCUACACUGAGAUUGCCCAACAAAAAGCUUUGUAGAUCGGAAGCUGGUGAUAGCUCACUAAACGCUUUGAUUGGCCGGUUUAAUGGGGGUGGGGAUCGCAGCCCUCUUUCCUCUCGCUACCAAGGUUCUUUCAUUGGAUUGACCAGCUGUCAGGUUAAACCCAAACCUGCCUCCUUUUGGUCGUGUUUGUCUGGAGCGCAACACAAUAGCUGGGGGGAGAGCCUCCCCUCGCAAGCUCUAAUUGGCUGAACUCAACCUUGGAGGUUCCUGAUUGGUCCAAUGAAGAAACACCAAGUUACAACGUAAAGACAUUUGUGCUAGUUGCUAUGGAGAAUAUAAAAACCGAAGAAGACAAUAUCCCUGCCCUCAAGAAGUUUACGGUUUAGAGGCAGCCAUACCAAAAGAAAGACUAUAACAAAUACUUUAAAGGAAGGUCUUUUCCAGUGAGUCAGCUCUUCGCAUCAGGUGGCCAAAUGAACUCCAUGAACAGUAUGAAAAGGCAAGGAAAAAAAUAACCUGUAGUGCAUGAUAUAAAAAGGCUGAUUUUUUUUGUAAUUGAAAAAGAAUUUGCUAACCUUUAACAUUCUCUUGCCAGUACUUUUUGUUGUCACCUGUUUAUGCAUUUGCAAGAUGAUUAGGAAUAGAGAUGAAAGUUUUUAGCUAUAUGGAAAUGCUAUACAUGAUAUUCUGAGUGUUAUUCUCUAGACUGAUGAUCUCCAAAGUGGUUGCAUGAAAUGAGUCAUUUGAGUUUGGGAAGGAAGUAUUAGAACAUGUAUUUCUAUUUAGUUUUUCUUAUUUAUUUAUUUAUUUUUUUUACUAAUUUUUGUGUUUUAUAAUGCAUCAUUGAAUAUUUUUAGAAAUUAUAUAUAAAUUACUGUAUGCUCUUUGGAGCCAGAUGCUCACAUUUUUUUGCUGUUCCAUAUUAUUUAACUUGUGGAGAAUCCAUUUUGUGAAAGGAAUCACAAUAAUGGAAAUUCUCUCCUAGGUUAUAGGUUAUGCACAAGAAAUCAGCAGGCUUAAAAAACAAUAUCAUUUCUCCUGGUCUUUAGAAUUACUGAUUUGAUUUCUUGUCAGUGCUUCCAGUGCAGUUCAACUUGUUAUACUUUGGAAAAGAUACUGUGUUAUAUACCUAAUUUUUUCUGGUCGUUACUCCUUCCUUCCUUUCUCAUUUAAGUUUGUUAAUAUUUCUUACAUUUUUGGUAUGUAUGCAUUAAUAUCUAGAUGUUUAUUUACACAAGCAUACAUAUAUUUUUUCAUCACCCUCUCCAGAAACAGGUGAGAAUGACCACCUUAACUCACCGGGCCCGUCGUACUGAAGUAGGGAAGAAUUCUGAAAAGAAGGUAGAAAGUGAGGAAAACGUGACUCAAGAC